UUAAAUUACAAGCUGUAUUAGCCUUGCACUCAUAUGGCCACCAAGGCUAAAUUCAAUAUGGCGCCCUCUUACAACUUAUUGCGUCAGAACAGGAGGACUCAAGGGAGGUGGGAAACGAGAGAGAGAAAAAAGGCAAACAAGAGCAAGUAAUGUAAACGGAUGCGAUUGCACUUUUACGCUCUAAACCAAAACGCCUAACCGGUACAGAGAACCAGGACUUCCGUCGCGUGCGUACAGGGAAUGGCUGCAAGGAUUUCCUACCGACAGGACGCGCGGGGAGACGGAACGGCGCAAGCGCACAGCAUAAAACACACACACACACACACACACAAAAAGGGACGAAUAUUGUAUGUUUUCCUUGCUCUCCUAGUGCAGCACGCAUUUGACAUGACGUACCAGGAACAUCCUGUUUCGCGUUUGCAGUGAUAGUGACGUUUUUUUCCAUCACCCCAUUAACGGUUGGUAGCAGCGUGCACCUGUACACCUCAGCAAAGCGACAACAUAGAACAACAUCCCGAUUCGACGAUGUGCAGCGGUACACAGUCGAAAGGACGAGCAGCGUACAGUACUUCCUGAGCGGAGUCCCGGAGCACCGAGCGUAGUGGAUCCUGGUGUUGUGCAGUGUGGAGUCGGUGGGAAGGGUGUCCUGAAGCGUUUAGAGCGAACCUCGUCAUCCGGAAGCAAGGGCGGGUGCCAUCCUCCGGGCACGUAGCGCAACGAGUGUCCUGUUGCAAUAUCCGAUGUAGUUGCAGCUGGCCAGCGUUCCAUUGCCAGGUGGAGGUGUACCAAGCGAACCAAGUGUAUCAGUGCAGUGGCCCGAACCCCCGUCAUCAUCGAGCAGCAAGUUGUGCGCCAUCUUCGGCAACGCGUAUUAUGUCAGCGGCUACCGUGCACUUGGUCCACGAUGCGAUGCUCUUCCUGCUGCUAAUCUACGGAAUCAUCGCGCUAAUCAAACCAGUGACUGGCUCAUCGGUGGCGCUGUGUGAAGGUGGCCAGACAUGUCUUCCGCCGAAGGAGUGUUGCGCCCAGGGCUGCUGCUACCUGUACGCACCACCGGGCGCACCCCGCGUACCGAUGGCGAGUAACGAUCACGUGCUGAGCCUGCUGUUUGUGAACCACUGGUACUUCUGGUGCUUCGUGCUGGCCAUCGUGCUCGCCCUGCUCUGCACCUGCUCGCUGUGGAAGAAACGGCGCCAGCUGUGCGGCUGGGACACGUCCGCACGCCACUCGCAGUCGGAAGGUGACUCGGCCGGUUCGUGCUAUGCGCCACCACAGUACAGCCGGUGCAACUCGUUCCACAUCCAUGCACCGCCACCCUACACAGAGGUGGCAUCCAAACCCGACCUUUACCCGCUCGUGUUCAGCUACACCGAUCCGGGCAAAGGUAAUGGGGCGAACUAUCUGAUGGUGCAGUACUUCCGCAACUACAUCGUCCAGCCGGUCGGUUCGAUAUCCGGCACCAGUACGGUCGAUUCGCUCAGCUCCAGCUUCAUCUGCAACGCGAACGAGGCAAACACGCUGGUGCCUCCGCCGUACUCACGCGCCGCCAGUCCGGAUCUGACGAUGUCUUUCCGCAACUACCUGAUGCCACGUUCCGCAUCGCAACAGGUAUGCCUUACGGCGUUCGAUCGCUCGACCGCCGGCCAGGUGCAGGGUUCGCGCAGCCAGGCCAGCUACCAGCGGGACGACGAGUCGCUGCUUGAACAGCACCACCACCACCACCACCAACAACAACAACAACAUCACCAGCAGCAGCAGCAGCAGCAGUGUAUGAUGUCCCGCGGGCAACAGCGCGACGAGACGGGUCCGACCGACGGCACACUCGUUACCUCUACAAUCAAUCACAAUAGCGUAAGCAGCAACAAUGUGUCCUUAAUGGAGUGUCCCGAGGUGGGUGAGCAUGUGAGCGGUGGCUACAGUACGCGCCGGACCAAUUACCUGGACCACGGACCGGGCCAACAGACGCCGCCGAACAGUGCCGAUGGUGUCGGGAUGGGCCACUGUACCGAGCAACGGCCGGCGGUGGCCGCCAGCACGGAAUCCUUCACCUCACUACCGGGCCCACCGUUCGACGGUAGCCAGCAGGUAUCACACAGCACUAGCAAUAGCAUACAUCCGGCGAACCGGUACGGCACCACCGGUCGCCACGAUGGUACCAGCGCAAACUGUGAUCUCAACAUCCGGCACACGAAGCAGAACACGCUCGUGUGCAAACACUGCUGCUCGCUGGGCGAUAUAACGGGCGGGCCGGUCCACCACGCCAAGGAUCUCAGCGCACUGCACAAAAGUCUCGAAACCUGCUGCCAUGUGAAUGGGCACGGGGGCGAAGGUGGCCAGGGGCCAGGGCUGCAGACGGUCGACAGUGACGACAGCUCGAUACUGCAUACCGGUGUGGUGCGCAAGCACGAUGCAAGACUGCGCAACUCGUGCGUGGUGUCCAGCGUUGGUUCGAACGUGUCAAGCCUUGUAAACCUCGACACGUCCAGCUCACCACCCCGUGCGACCAGCCCGACCGCGGAGGUACGCGAACUGCUCGAACAGAUACGGCUGCUGCAUAGCGACGGUCCCGACCAGUCCGGUUCUGUCCAGCCGGCUGCCUUUGGCAACGAUACACACCGCGGUGGCACAGGGCCGGAGCAACGUGCUGCAGGAUACAGGCGUCCCUCGUCGCUGAUCGGCCGUCGCACGAAGCUGUUCUCCAAGCCCGGCACCCAGGGCGGCAGCAAGGGCCUGUACAUACCAAUCUCCUUCACGCAAAGCUUCAUGGCACCGCCGGGCACGAGCGGUGGACGGCAUCUGCGCAGCCCGGCCUCGAUGUCGAGCGCGGCGAGCAGCUUCCUGAACCGUGGCCGCAGUCGCUACUGCUGGAUGUCAAAGUCGGCACCGACAACGCCCGGUGCGGCACCGGGCAGCUUUGCCGGUGGAACGCUCAGCGAUAAUCGGCCGCUGCUACUUACCGAACAGGAGGAGGACGGUGAGCAGAACGUCUAGAAAUGGGAGUGGGAUGAGGCGUUGGGGGUUUCCUUUACCCCUUUUCUGCAACCGUUUGCUGGUUUGGUGGGUUCCGGCGGGUGUGUUGUGAGUGGGUAGCCUUCCUAUCGCCACGCCCUCGCCACUCUCGGGACUCCCGGAGCUAUCGGAGCGAUUCUCAGCAACGAAUCAUUUUGACAUACUACAAUUUGAAGCAAUAUUUAGCGACCGAAACCUACCAGAGCAGUCUUCAAACUAUACAGCGAAGUGUAGUCCUCCGCGUUGGUGUCGCAAGGAUGGAUGUAAUUUAGCAAAACGCGGCCUACCGUCUUGGAGUUAGAGCUUCGAAUGGAGAGUUUAGAAAAAAAACGGCGGUCGUUGAGGCGGGAUUUUUGAGGAAGAAGGUGGGGGGGGGGGGGAGGUGUAAACAAAACCAAACCAAAACAACAACUAUGUUCCGGACCAUAACGUUUUUUCGUGUUUGUACCUUGUAUCCCGUUUCGCUUGCUACGUUUGUAUUUCUUGUAACUUUGUAAAAACAAGUACCACACACACAGACACACAAACACACAAACACACACACACACACACACACACGGCACACAUACUCCCGUUGAGAAUAUUUGCAGGGAUUUACUCUACCCUAUGUCUGGCCCGUUUGGAAAAAAAAAGCACGAAACAAAAUGGCGUCGCAAUGGCAUCGAUUAUUUAGAGUGGUAGUCUAGUAUCUUAGUAACAAAAAUUAGUUUCAAACUGCUUUCAACUGCAACAACAGCAAACAAACCAAACCAAAACCAAUAAACAACAAGCGUAUAAAUCAAAUAUGUAGAACCGCCGGUAGCUUUUACGGUAUCGAUUAUCCUUUCGUACGUUUAGCGCGCAACGACAGCAAUGCUCUGUUGAUCGUUGUUUGUUGCUUGUUUCAUGGAGAAGCUGGAGAAGGAAAAAUAAAUAAAGAAGAAAAAAACAAAUACCAACAAAAAACUACACUCACACAUACAAAGAACAGUUAGUGACAAAAAUGUGUGACGUAUGUGUUUCAAUGUGUGGCUAAUCUUCAGUGGAUGUCCUCUCCAUAUAGAAGCGUCUACGAUAUGGACUAUUAUGCUUCAAACUGAUGGAC